UAUUUACUACAGAAAUUGUCAUCGAGUUUAUUUUUAAUAGUUCGUGGUCCUUCAAGGGAUAAAUUAUAGUACUUACUACAGAAAUUGUCAUCGAGUUUAUUUUUAACAGUUCGUGGUACUUCAAGGGAUAAAUUAUAGUAUUUACUACAGAAAUUGUCAUCGAGUUUAUUUUUAACAGUUCGGAAUAGAAUUUAUUAACAGUUCGGACGUCUGGUGUCCGUCUGGUUUUAGAAGAAGUUGAGAGUAGCAACACAUUGGCAACGUCAUGAGUGGAUCCGGAAAAGGCCUUCUUGGGGUGUGGCUGUACAAGAGGGGUGAACAUUGGGCUAUCAAGGAAGGAAGUCCUAUACACAAGUCGAGCGAUAUCCCCAUGGUCGAACGAAAACCGAACAGCGACAAUAAAAAUUCAGUGGUCUUCUCUUUGAAAAAUCAAGUUGGCGGUUUGGCGCGAGCACUACAGGUGUUCCAGGACCUCGGUGUAAACGUGGUUCAUAUCGAGUCGCGUAAAUCGUUGCGUCGCGGUUCGGAAUACGAAAUUCUGGUGGACGUUGAAUGCGACUCAAAAAGGAUGGAACAGUUGACAAGAAUGUUGAGCCGCGAAGUCGCAGCGAUUAAUUUGGCACAAUACGAACAAAUGGGAACUAUUCCUCAUGCUCCGUCGCUGUCCGCCGCUGCGAGUUUCGAUUUCAGCGAGGUAGACAUGCCGUGGUUCCCACGAAAAAUAAGUGACCUUGAUCAAGCUCAGAAAGUGCUCAUGUAUGGGUCUGAAUUAGACGCAGAUCAUCCUGGCUUCAAAGAUCCUGUAUAUCGCAAACGUCGUGUACAAUUCGCUGACAUUGCAAACAGCUAUCGAUAUGGACAACCGAUUCCUCGAGUUCAGUACACUCCGGAAGAAAUCAGAACAUGGGGAACCGUCUUCCGUGAAUUACAUCAGCUCUAUCAAAAGCACGCUUGCAAGGAAUAUUUGGAGAACUGGCCAAAACUUGUGAAGUACUGUGGCUACAGGGAAGAUAACAUACCGCAGUUACAAGAUGUAAACACUUUUCUGAAACGAACCACUGGAUUUCAACUUCGACCCGUGGCUGGCUAUCUUUCACCCAGAGAUUUUUUAGCUGGCCUUGCGUUUCGCGUGUUUCAUUGCACGCAAUAUAUUCGACACUCUUCGGAUCCAUUUUACACGCCCGAACCGGACUGUUGUCACGAAUUGUUAGGCCACAUGCCGCUUCUAGCGAAUCCAAGUUUCGCUCAAUUCUCUCAAGAACUUGGACUGGCCUCCCUGGGAGCCUCGGACGAGGACAUCAAUAAAUUGGCAACUGUAAGUGUACCGUGUUCAAGACACAUUUCCUGGUCUCAUAAAAACUUUAAAAAAAUUUAUCCGAACCAGAAUUGCGUUAACAAAGAAGAAUAUUCCGUUACGUAUCUUUCUCCACAGUUGUAUUUCUUCACGGUGGAAUUUGGAUUAUGCAAACAGGACGGAGUACUCCGCGUUUAUGGGGCAGGUUUACUGUCCUCUGUCGCGGAACUGAAACACGCUGUUUCUGCCCCCGAGAAAACUUUUCGAUUCGAGCCGGAAAUUACUUGCAAACAGGAAUGCAUCAUCACUGCGUUCCAAAACGCCUAUUAUUACACGGACAGUUUCGAGGAAGCUAAAGAAAAAAUGCGGUCGUUUGCAAAUCAGAUACAACGUCCGUUUGGGUUACGUUACAAUCCCUACACACAAUCGGUAGAGGUUCUCACAGACGCUCAAAAGAUUACGGCGGUGGUCAGUGAACUUAGGGGUGAUCUCUGUAUCGUCUCGAACGCUCUUAGAAAGAUACACGAGCAGGAUGAUACGGUGGACGUUGAAAGGAUAACCAGUCUUUUAACGCAAGGUAUCGAGUUGCCUCAAGAUACCUCCUCUUCUGAUAGCGAUAUCGAUAAAAGCCCUAAUGUCGAAGCGCCUCAAAACCCGGUUGAAGGUCAGGAAUAUUCUGAUGGUAACAUAAUCAGUGCACAAGAUUAAAUAGAGCUCCCAGCGAUUAGAAUGUUAUGUGCGUUAUUUAGUAUUAGUUGAGAACGUAGUUCUUGAAACUUUCAUCGAACCUCUGUAAUGUAUGCUUACAGUUAGAAUUUAUGCUUAUAGAAAAUUUGACUAGAAAAUUACUGUGCAGAUAUUAUGUUAUGUAAAAAAGGAAUAAAUAAGAAAUUGUAGAUGGCAUAAUAAUCGUAUUGUAUUUAUCCUUCCUUUUAAUUUAUCCUUCCUCCUAAUUUAUCGUUCCUCCUCUUUUUUUCUGUAAUAACAAUGAUGGCGCGAAAACUUUUCAUCGAGAAUAAAUAAGAGUCACAUGCAUACCAACUACCGAUAAACUUCUAAAAAACGAUUCUUUAGGAACAGUUUCUA